AUGGCUCGCCCGGCGGAGCGCGCUUGGCUGGCCGCCUUCCUGCGCGAUUGGCCCGGCCCGCUGGGCCCCGCCGAGCCCCCGCCGCCUUGGAGCGCUUCCACCGGGCCGCUCCGGGAGGACGAAGCGGCGGCCGAGCUGGCCGAGCGGGCUCGCGGCUUCCUGGGCAGGAGGGAUGCACCCCCUCUUCUCGCCGCCUCCUUAAUUCACGCCGCAGUCCUCGGGACUCUGCAAAGUGACCUCAGUGAUUUUAAAAAACAGAAGACAGAACAGGGUGACACUGGCGAUGGCGGAAGCUGGUUGGAAGCUGCCCCUUUGCAGUGCCGCUUCUUUAACAAACUCUUGGAUAUUUGCGGCGAGUGGCAGAAAGAGCUUCCGCCCUUGAAGCCAGCUAAGCGCUACCUUCAGAUUUCGAUCCACGCCACUCGCAACACUCGACGGAAGAUGGAAGAUAGGCACGUUUCCCUUCCGGAGUUUAACCAGCUCUUUGGCCUGGAGGACGGCGUCGAUCGGGCCUACUUUGCUGUCUACGAUGGGCACGGAGGGAUCGAGGCCGCCAAUUAUGCCGCCACCCAUUUGCACGUCAACCUGGCCCAUCACAAGAAGCUCCUGGACAGCCCAGCAGAAGCCCUGAGAGAUUCCUUCCAGAAGACGGACGAGAUGUUCCUCUCAAGAGCCAGGAGGGAGAAGCUGCGGAGUGGCACGACGGGUGUGUCUUGUUUCCUUGUGGACGAGAAACUACAUAUAGCCUGGCUGGGGGACUCGCAAGUGAUGCUGGUCCAACAAGGAAAAGUUAUAACUCUGAUGGAACCUCACAAACCAGAACGAGAGGACGAGCGACAACGCAUAGAAGAUUUAGGGGGUUGCAUAACAUACAUGGACUGUUGGCGUGUUAAUGGCACUCUGGCUGUUUCCAGAGCUAUUGGGGAUCUCUUGCAAAAGCCUUACGUCUCCGGCUGCGCGGAUGGUGCAUCCUUUGAGCUGACGGGGACGGAAGAUUACGUCCUCCUUGCCUGCGAUGGGUUCUUCGAUGCCAUCCAGCCGGUCGAGGUGGUGGACCACGUCUUGGAGCACUUAACGCGAAACCACGGAGAUGGCCUUCAGACGGCGGAGAAGCUGGUGGCCGCGGCCAAAGAAAGCGGCUCCACCGACAACAUCACCGUCCUGGUGCUGUUCCUCCGUGAGCCCAAGGACAUCGUCGCCGACUGUCUCAGAGACCCCAAACCCUGCCCGGUGGAGGAUGGCAAACAGGGCUCCCCGUUCAGCUUCUUCAGCUCCGGCACCAACCACUGA